AUGUCGAAUAGACCCAUCUUCGUUGCCACGCAUCCCCGGGCAUGUUCCACAGCGUUUGAACGAGUCUUCAUGACUCGGCGUGAUACCAUCCAGUGUGUUCAUGAACCUUUCGGCGAUGCCUUUUAUUAUGGCCCCGAGAGACUCAGUGCGAGAUUCGCAGGUGAUGACCAUGAAGAAGAACGCCUAGAAAGUGGCUUUAGCAAUUCCACAUUCAAGACAGUGAUGGAUAGAAUCGAGCGAGAAGCUUCUGAGGGAAAGAGAGUCUUCAUCAAAGACAUCAACCACUAUCUGUUGCCGCCAUACGGUAAACCUGCCAGCAUUGCACCAUCCCUGCAGAAGAUCAAGCGUGGUGUCGGAACCACAUCUGAGGGAGUCAAUGGACAUGCGGUCGGCAAUGCCAGCAGUUCCAACGGUACCCAGGUCAACGGAAUGAAUGGUGUCAACGGUCUCCACGGUAUGAAUGGAGUCAAGGUCAAUGGCGUGCACAAGCACUGCGAGCCAUAUCCCUAUGAUACCGAGAGCGAGCCCAGUAAUCCGACCAUCAUGCCCUAUGCACUGCUGGCCCAAUUCCACUUCGCCUUCCUUAUCCGUGACCCACACUUUAGUGUCCCUUCCUACUACCGCUGCACCAUCCCACCCCUAGAUGAUGUGACGGGCUUCUAUGAGUAUUACCCCUCCGAGGCUGGGUACGACGAGGUGCGCCGCACCUUCGACUAUUUGCGAAGUGUGCAUCUCAUUGGACCUCGGGUUGCCACUCGCGAUGACCUGAUCGUGGGCGUCGAUAACGCCAGCCGUCUUCAGAACGGUCACGGCGACAACAGCAACUGCAACGGCGCUACUACCGGCGUUGAGAUCUGUGUCAUUGAUGCGGAUGACCUGCUUGACAACCCCGUGGCCAUGAUCAAAGCGUUUUGCCGCAGCGUGGGCCUUGAAUAUGACCCGGGAAUGUUGAACUGGGACAACGAGGCCGACCACGAGUAUGCCAAGGCAGCGUUCGAGAAGUGGAAGGGCUUUCACAACGAUGCCAUCGAGAGCAAGUAUCUGGCCCAAAGAGAGCAUCGCCACAUCAAGACCGAGGAAGAGUUCGACGCCGAAUGGCGCAAGAAGUACGGCGACAAGGGAGCUGCAUUGAUUCGCAAGACGGUCGACGAGAAUAUGGCGGAUUAUCUGUACCUGAAGCAGUUUGCCAUGAGGGUGUAA